UCUUGGUGUCUUCCUUGUCCCCACAGAGUUUGGAAGCUACUGGCCCCAGCUGAAUGCCUGGAUUUAUGGGCUUCUCAUCCUGAUCUUGAGUGCCUAUUUUCUUACUAGCUGUGUUGGGGACUCUAACUUGGAGCUGAGGCUGGCCAAUGGAAGCAGCAAAUGUGCUGGGAGAGUGGAGGUGAAAUUCCAGGGUCAGUGGGGCCUGGUGUGCAAUGAUGGCUGGGGCAGAAAUGAGAUUUCUGUGGUCUGCAAGCAGCUGGGGUGUCCAUCUACUUUCAUCAUCCCCGGGUGGAGGAAUUGGACUGUUGAACCUGGACCCUUUUGGUUGGCUGGUGUUUCCUGUCACGGCAGUGAAUCUGCCCUUUGGGACUGCAGACACAAUGGCUGGAAAGAGCAUAACUGUUCUCACAGUCAAGAUGCCCAAGUGGCCUGCACAAGUAAGUCUUGUUUGUACCUUCUUAAAACCUCCAGUGAGAAGUCUCCUAAAAACAGAAUUCUGAGAAUUAGGGCUAGAGUCAAGAUUGGCUUUCAGGAACUGAGUGAGGGGGUGGGUGGACUGUUCCUGGAGGAGCUCUGUGUCCUAAGGAUCCUUCUCCCAAGCCCCCCGCACUCGCUGAAGCCUAGGAGGAGAGGGCAGCCACUGUCUCCGUGGGCACACUGGUCUCUAAACUUGUCCCAGGUGUUGGUACUCUUGAUUUUUUAAUCCUGAAUCCAGCAAAGGGUUGGGAGGGGGUUUUCUACCCUUCCCAUCCCAUUUUCUCACACUCUGGGGCAAGGCUUCUGGCUCCCUAAAUGUAGCCUCAAUUGGGGACAGUGGGGUGAAGCUUCCCUCUGCGUCUUGGCAGCUCAAGGGGUAGACACUUGGGGGCUGAGCCCCUAGGUUCCUCCCCACACCACUUACCCCUGUGUGACCACUACCCUUGGGAACAGACUCAGGGUCUGGGUCUUUGCUCCACCCUCAACCUGCAGGAGGGAUUGGUGAGCAGAGGUUCCCUCCAGUCAUCCCAGUCUCACAAGGGGUGAGGUUUCCUGGGGGUCAGAGCUCCUGUGAGGGGCACCACUCAGGUGCCUCAGACAAGGACCAGGGACAGAGACUCAUUUGCAGCCCUUCUCCUAGAUUGGGCUGGUGAUGAACCUGGUGCUUGAUGUCUGGUGUCCCAGACUGGCCAACCGAGCUCCUUUCCUGAUUUCCACUGUGGCUGGUGCCUGAGGCGCAUGCAGCCCUCUGAGCCUGGCAAGGACACUGUACACCCAUCCCCACAGGAGUUGGGUGCAAUUCCCUUCAGAGUUUGGGUGUUGCCCAGGGGGGCAGGCUGGCUGCCUUCCUUGCAGCCCAGUGGCAGGCCCUCCCGCCCCCUGUUUGGACCAUCUGGAAGAUCCUCUUUAACUUGCCUAAACUCUAGUUCAUGACCCCAGAAAAGAUUUCUUCCACCCCUCAGGGCUAGUGGUUCAUGGCUGAGGACCCCAUCCCUGGGGACCCAACCUGGAGGACUGCCUUCAGAAACAGGGAGUUGUCAUGGCACCACAUGUGGGGGUGGGUUGGGCUGUUAUCUGAUGCAAUAGGUCUGGUGCUCUCUAUCACAGGCUAGGCUUGGGGGUUAGAGUCUGACCUGUGGAGUCUGGCUCCUUGCUCUCCUUCCAAAGCCAGACCAGUAACCCUGCUUAGAUUAGCUCUGGAGUCACCUUUCUGCUGUGUAUACCUCCUCAGCAGUCUGAAAGCAGGGAUGGGAGUCUUGGUUCACUGCUCCUUCAGGGUGACCUCACUCUUCCUGAUGGUUGCUUACCAAGGGCCAUGCCUAGUGUUGGCCAGCUACUUGAAGACCAGAGAGCCAGGCUCACCCAAUUACUGUUCUUGUGCCUCAAGUCUUCAAGGUCUGGCAGUCCCUGUGAGUGAAUUCCAUUUCUGAUUUCUUUGGCCUCGGCAGCCCUGUACCUCUCUUCUGCCAAAUGACCUUCCUCUUCAGGGAUUUUGUGGUCCCACUUUGUUUGGCCCUCUCACUACCUCUCUUCUUUGGGGAGACAUCCCAUCAGGUCUCGUCAAUGCCUCUUUUUCUGGUGUUUGUGUGUGUGUGUGUGUGUGUGUGUGUGUGUGUGUGUUUCUGAUUGUAGACAUCUUACUUCUUUUGGAAACUUCUGGGAGUUUCUUGUUAUUUCAUGAUCUAUAGGGAGGCCCAGAAUUCUAUGUUUCAUGGAAUAAUCUUAGUUUGUUUGUUUUUAUAGUGGAAACAACAGCCAGCUUUCUUGCAGAUCAUGUGAUCUCACCUGGCACUGUCCUUUUUAGCACAUUUGGUGGUGCAUAUCACCUUUCUACAUGAGAAGAAGGUGGGAAGGAUAGUUAACACUGAGAGUUAGGAUCCAAAAAUAUCUUGAUGGGUUAAAGGACUAGAGAUUCAGACAUGGAACAGACAUCUUUAAGAGGUUGUUCUGUGUAACUCUCAUUUUACAUAUGAAGAAACUGAGGCCAAGUGAAGUUAGGUGACUACCAAACUGGUAGUAAGUAGCAAGGUCAAGAUUUUAAUGCAGGUCCUCUGACUGUAAAUUUGGUACAAUUAUAGCCCACCUCUUUCUCUCCUCAAGGUUCUAGGAAUAUUCCUAGAUAGUCUAGUCUAGGUUCUAGGUUCUAGGUUCUAGGAAUAACCCAGGAUGGCUUAGUUGAGGCCAUGCCCUCAUUAUCAAUUGAUGUCAAUUUGCCAGCCAGACUUGACUGAAUUUUAGCAAUAGGUAUUUUACUGAGGUGACAUAGUAAGAGUGAGGAGGACAAAUAAUACCCUCAAAAGUCUGUAACACCCUCUUCCUACAAGUCCACUCAGAGUGCGGUGAAAACAUUCUAGGGUGAAUGAAUUUAUCAACCGCUUCCCAACAUUUUGAUGAAUGAGAUUAAGUUUUACCAAUGGGGAGUAGAUCAAGAAAGUGGAAUGCUCUCUGGAGAAAGGCAGAUAUGGACACCCCAGUAGGCUACCUUGAGCAUCCUGAAGGUGACAGGAGGGCCUGGUGUUUGGGUGGACCACAUGGGCAUGUGAAGGUGGAGAAGGACACAAGCAGACACUGAAGUGCAGACAGAGGAAUUUCCCCUUUGACCUUUUAUUCAAUGGUGGAUUUGUACCAAGUGCUCUCAGUGAAAUAGAAGGCUGCAUUGGUGCUCAAGGACUUUUUAGUCUUUUUAGAGAGAGGAGAUGUCAAUCACUAACAAACUAUACAAGACAAUCUUUAAGUUCUAAAUCACUCCCACUUGCUCCUUUUUCUAGGACCUUUCCCCCAUUUGCUACAUUUAUUCAUAAUAUCCCAUCCCAGAUUUCUGAAGGACUCAGUAAUUCCUAACCUGAACUGAAUAAUUGAAAAUGCCUUGAAUAUGAAAUGUAAUUUUUCUUUUUAAGUAUCUUUGUAUUUAUUUCAUUAUUU